AUGAUGGAGGGGAACUCGUCCUUCUUGUUCAACUCCACCUCUACAUACCUGAACAUCUCCAUUUCCUCGGCCUACCCCAAUGCCUACAAGAACCAGGAAGACAUCACCACACAGAUGCAAAGGAAAUCGGUAAUCUUUGCCAUCCUCUACAUGCUGGGCUUCCUACUGGGAAUAACUGGGAAUGGUUUGGUCAUCUUUGUGAUCGGCUUCCGGAUGCCAAAGACUGUGGUCACCAUCUGGUAUCUCAACCUGGCCGUGGCUGACUUUGCCUUCACCUUGUUCCUCCUUGUUGAGGUGGUUUAUUCUGCCCUGGGUUUCCACUGGGCCCUUGGGCUGGUGCUAUGCAAGAUGUAUGGGGCCAUUACCUACCUCAACCUCUAUGCCAGUGUCUUCUUCCUCACACUCAUCAGUGCUGACCGCUGCGUCUCUGUGUGUCUCCCCAUCUGGGCUCUCCAGCACCGCUGCCCCCACCGGGCUUCUCUGGUGGCUUUGGUUGUGUGGUUAGUGGCCGUAGCUCUGAGCAUCCCAUCUCUGGUUUUCCGGGACAUUAAGACCAACUUGAACUCAGGGAGAGAAAUCAUUUCUUGCUAUGAAAACUACAUUCUUGUUUAUGGUUCUUCUCCAGAGGAGGAGGACAGGCUAUGGACAUGCCGGGAGCAGGCGAUGGUUCUCACCAGCUUUGUGGUUGGCUUUCUGGUGCCUUUCAUCCUCAUCUUGAGCUUCUAUGGGGUCUUGGCAGCUGCUAUGAAGAGAAGCCACUUGACCCGGUCUUCCAGGCCUUUCAAGAUCAUGGUAGCAGUGGUGGUCACUUUCUUCAUCUCCUGGUUCCCCUUGCACAUUGCUCGGCUUCUUGCCCUCGCAGGCCACUACGAAAAGCCAGGGGUGCAACAUUUUUUUGAGGUGGCUGUGCCCUUAGCCUACCUCAGCAGCUGCCUCAACCCGCUGCUCUAUGCCUUCAUGGGAGGCGGCUGCCGGGACAUGCUCCAACACUCCAUACUGGCCACCUUCCAUACAGCUUUUGAGGAGGACUUAGGUCAGAACUCCCCAUCUCGCACUGGGGACUCAGGGAUCCACCUGGAGCAGGCAUCACACAUCUGA